AUGUCUGACGUAUCACGCCGGAAACUAACAACAACCAACAUUCACAUUAUGGCCUUAGACGGAAUCGUCAACGUGAAUUCACUCUUCACAUUAGCACUCUUCCUCGGCAUCACAUCCACCAACACCGACAGCACUCUAGUCGGCAACAACACCACCUGUGUUGCCGGAUCCUCAGUUGCAGAAAGCCUCAUAUCCUACCAUGUCUACUCCUUUAGCUCCUUUCUUUUCUCAUCUCUCAUCGCUUUGGCCAUCAAAAACGUCAUCAACAUCAGCAAAGGCGGCGUCGAUGGAGCCCCUGCUACCAAUUACUUGGUGCAGGGUUAUUCUGAAUUUGCUGUGGAAGUUAAUACUGUUGCUUUGAGGUUGGGAACUUUGAUUUCGGCUUUUGGAUCGGUUUUUGGAUGCGGGUUUUUGGUUAUGGCUUUGGUUGAUUUGGUUCAGAUUAAGUUGGGAACUUUGGCUUGUGGGAGUCAUUAUACUUUGGCUGCUAUUGGUCCUUUGCUUAUUCUUGUUCCUACUGCGUUGCUUAUCUAUGUUAUUCUUGUCCUCUAUGCUUUUACUCGUUAA